UUCUCUACUGCUUCAUUUUCAAGCUGUCUUUAUUUCCCUCCCCCCUUCUCUCUCUCUUCUUUUUCCCCUAAUUAAUAUAUAAAUAAAUACCCACACACCCUUUCGCUCCUUCCUCAGCACUAUUCUCUUUACUUCUCUCUCUAGAAUCUUUUCUCUCUCCUAGGGUUUCGGUGGCUUCCGGUGUCUCUAUUUCCUCCUCUCCACACUGCUUUCGCGCUCUAGGGUUUAUCGGCUUGGGUGUCUACGAUCGUCCUUCCUUCUCUCUCUCCCCCUUUCUCACUCAGUGGCUAUGGCGGCUGAGAAGCUAAGGGACUUGAGCCAGCCGAUUGACGUUGGCCUGCUCGAUGCCACCGUCGCCGCCUUCUACGGCACCGGAUCUAAGGAGGAGAGGACAGCUGCAGACCAGAUAUUGAGGGACUUGCAAAACAAUCCUGAUAUGUGGCUCCAAGUUGUGCACAUUUUACAGAGCACAAAGAACCUAAACACCAAGUUCUUUGCCUUGCAGGUCUUAGAAGGGGUUAUCAAGUACAGGUGGAAUGCAUUGCCUGUUGAACAGCGAGACGGAAUGAAAAAUUAUAUCUCUGAUGUCAUUGUACAGCUAUCAAGUAAUGAGGCCUCUUUUCGAAUGGAAAGACUUUAUGUCAGCAAACUCAAUGUUAUAUUGGUUCAGAUUUUAAAGCAUGAUUGGCCCACUAAAUGGCGAAGCUUUAUUCCGGAUCUUGUAUCAGCUGCUAAAACUAGUGAAACCAUUUGCGAAAAUUGUAUGGCCAUAUUGAAGCUUCUAAGUGAAGAGGUAUUUGAUUUCUCAAGAGGGGAAAUGACACAGUUGAAGAUUAAAGAGCUUAAACAAUCAUUGAACAGUGAGUUUCAACUCAUUCAUGAGUUAUGCUUAUAUGUACUAUCAGCCUCUCAACGAACCGAGCUGAUACGUGCAACAUUAUCCACAUUGCAUGCUUUCCUCUCAUGGAUUCCCCUGGGCUAUAUUUUUGAGUCCCCUUUGCUUGAAACCCUUCUGAAGUUUUUUCCCAUGCCUUCAUAUCGGAAUCUUACCCUUCAGUGUCUAACGGAGGUUGCAGCACUUAGUUUCGGUGAAUUCUAUAAUGCGCAGUAUGUUAAGAUGUACAGUAUAUUCAUGGUGCAAUUACAGACUAUUCUUCCACCCACCACAAACAUACCUGAAGCUUACACAAAUGGAUCUGGCGAGGAACAGGCAUUCAUUCAGAACUUGGCACUGUUUCUCACUUCGUUUUACAAGGCGCAUAUUCGUGUUCUUGAAACCACACAAGAGACUAUAGCUGCAUUGCUGAUGGGUCUUGAAUAUCUUAUAAACAUCUCAUAUGUGGAUGACACCGAAGUUUUUAAGGUUUGCUUAGACUAUUGGAAUGCUUUGGUUUUGGAACUGUUUGAGGCACAUCAUAAUCUGGAUAACCCUGCAGCAUCUGCCAAUAUGAUGGGGUUGCAGAUGCAGAUGAAUUUGCUUCCUAGUAUGGUUGAUGGCAUUGGCUCACAACUUUUGCAAAGGCGGCAAAUAUAUGUUGGUAUUAUGUCAAAGUUGAGGUUGCUCAUGAUCUGUCGUAUGGCUAAGCCAGAAGAGGUUAUCAUUGUUGAAGAUGAGAAUGGCAACAUUGUUCGUGAGACCUUGAAGGACAAUGAUGUUCUAGUUCAAUAUAAGAUCAUGAGGGAGACGCUGAUAUAUUUGUCACAUCUUGACCACGAUGAUACCGAGAAGCAGAUGCUAAAGAAAUUAAACAAACAACUGACUGGUGAGGAUUGGGCAUGGAACAACUUAAACACAUUAUGCUGGGCAAUAGGGUCUAUAUCUGGUUCCAUGAUGGAAGAACAGGAAAAUAGAUUUUUGGUGAUGGUCAUUCGUGACUUGCUGAACUUGUGUGAAAUCAUAAAAGGGAAAGAUAAUAAAGCAGUUAUUGCAAGCAACAUCAUGUAUGUUGUCGGACAGUACCCAAGGUUCUUAAGAGCUCAUUGGAAGUUCCUAAAGACUGUUGUCAAUAAGUUGUUUGAGUUUAUGCACGAAACACAUCCUGGAGUCCAGGACAUGGCCUGCGACACAUUCUUGAAAAUUGUUCAAAAGUGCAAGCGUAAAUUUGUUAUUGUACAGGUUGGAGAAAAUGAACCAUUUGUGUCUGAACUCCUGACAAGCCUGCCGAAUACUGUUGGCGAUCUUCAGCCUCACCAGAUUCAUACUUUCUAUGAAGCUGUUGGUCAUAUGAUUCAAGCAGAGUCUGAUCCCAAGAAGAGAGAAGAAUAUCUACAGAGAUUGAUGAGUCUCCCAAAUCAGAAAUGGGCCGAGAUCAUAGGGCAAGCACGCGUAAGUGUUGAUUUCCUGAAGGAUCAGGAGGUAAUUCGGACCGUGCUUAAUAUAUUACAGACAAAUACUAGCGUUGCGAGCUCCCUCGGGACAUUUUUCCUGUCUCAGAUCUCAAUGAUCUUUCUGGACAUGCUUAAUGUGUACAGGAUGUACAGUGAGCUUGUAUCUAGUAACAUUGCGGAAGGGGGUCCCUAUGCUUCUAAAACAUCCUAUGUGAAACUUCUACGGUCGGUGAAGAGGGAGACUCUCAAGUUGAUUGAGACAUUCUUGGACAAGGCCGAAGACCAACCACAGAUAGGAAAACAAAUUGUGCCUCCCAUGUUGGAUCCAGUCCUAGGUGACUAUGCUAGGAAUUUGCCUGAUGCUAGAGAGUCAGAGGUUUUGUCACUUUUUGCCACCAUCAUAAAUAAGUACAAGGGUGCAAUGAUAGAUGAUGUGCCAAGAAUAUUUGAAGCUGUUUUCCAGUGCACAUUGGAGAUGAUCACCAAAAAUUUUGAAGAUUACCCAGAACAUCGCUUGAAGUUCUUUUCUUUACUUCGUGCCAUUGCUGCACACUGCUUUGCUGCAUUGAUUCAAUUAUCGAGUCCGCAACUAAAGCUUGUCAUGGAUUCAAUUAUAUGGGCGUUUCGGCACACCGAAAGAAAUAUUGCUGAAACUGGGCUGAAUCUGUUGUUGGAAAUGCUUAGAAACUUUCAGAAAUCAGAGUUCUGUAAUCAGUUUUACCGUACAUACUUUCUGACAAUCGAGCAAGAAAUAUUUGCUGUCUUGACUGAUACAUUUCAUAAGCCUGGGUUCAAGUUGCAUGUCUUGGUUCUUCAACAUUUGUUCAGCCUGGUGGGAAGUGAUCUGUUGAAGGAGCCUUUGUGGGAUGUUGCAGCUGUUCCUUAUCCAUAUCCUAAUAAUGGAAUGUUUGUUCGUGAAUAUACAAUAAAGCUUUUGAGUACUUCAUUCCCGAACAUGACUGGGGCGGAGGUCACUCAAUUUGUGAAUGGACUAUUUGAAUCAACUGCUGACGUACCCACUUUUAAAAAUCACAUCCGAGACUUCCUAGUGCAAUCCAAAGAAUUUUCAGCACAGGACAACAAAGAUCUUUAUGCAGAGGAGGCUGCUGCUCAGAGAGAGAAAGAUCGGCAACGAAUGCUUUCUAUUCCUGGACUUAUUGCCCCCAAUGAAAUACAGGACGAAAUGGUUGAUUCCUAGGAGGCUAAGUUUAAUGAUGAAGCUAAUUUCGAGGACAAUUGAUGGAGAUGCAAAUGGGCGUGUUGAUUCAUUCCUCAGAAUCUUCCAGCGCAAAUACAGCAUUUUUUUUUCCCUAAUUAGUUUCUGUUUUGUUUCUUAGUUCAAAAUUAGUUGAAUCGCAAAGGCGCCUUUAGCGUGCUGUUUGCACUGUAGCCUUUGAAAUCUAUUGGGAUGGUAGUAGAGUAUUUAGGUGCUGCUGAUUUAGGGAGGAAGAUAUUGAGAAGGGUUUUGCUGGAUCAAAAUUAAUCUUUUGUAGUUCGAACUCGUCAGGCGGGGUUCUUUAAAAGAUGUUUAUGUUAUUUGUCUUAGGUGUAAUAUAUACUAACCUCGCUGUGUUGUGCAGAAGUUCCUCAUAUUUUUUGUUUGUUUGUUCUAGUUUUCAAUAGAACGUGGUUGCCUCGUCGAUUUCAUGAGGUUUAGGGCGCAUAUAUUUUUGUUACAUGGUAGGGGGAGUGAAAUCUGUGUAAUUCGAUUGUGUUUAAUGUAUGUUUCUAUUUGAUUUAGAAAUCCUCUUUAAGUUUUUGUUUCA